AUGCCAGAGGAAGGUGUCGAUCUGUCUCCACCUGAACACUUGUUGACAACAGACGAAAUAGUCAGAUUAGCCCGUAUCUUCGCCCAACAAGGCGUGCGCAAGAUAAGAUUGACAGGCGGAGAACCAACUGUAAGAAAAGAUAUUGUGCCUCUAGUUCAGAGAUUGAACCAGAUCAAGGGGAUUGAAGAGAUCUGUAUCACUUCCAACGGACUGGCUCUUCAUCGGAAACUGCCAGAUCUGUUCAAAAACGGCCUCACCUCGUUGAACUUGAGUCUCGACACCCUGAUCAAUGGUAAGUUUAUACUAAUAACGCGACGCAAUGGACUUAAGGCAGUGAUGAAGAGUUUGAACGCCGCUUUAGAGUUGAAUGUGCCCAAUGUCAAGGUCAAUGUGGUGGUGUUGAAAAACAUGAACGAGGAUGAAAUUCUUAAUUUUGUGGAGUUAACAAAGAACUCAAAGAUCGAGGUCAGAUUCAUCGAGUAUAUGCCGUUCGAUGGCAACAAAUGGUCCACCAACAAACUGGUUACUUAUGAGGACAUUCUGUCCAAUAUCAAGGUCCAGUAUCCGGAAAUCGAACAGCUCCCUAAUAAACAUGGUGACACUGCCAAAGUUUACCAGAUACCAAACUUUAAAGGUAAAAUAGGCUUUAUUACCUCCAUGACCGACGAUUUCUGCAGCACAUGUACCCGUCUUAGAAUAACUUCUGACGGGAACUUGAAAGUUUGCCUCUUUGACAAUACAGAAACUUCUCUGAGAGAUCUGAUUCGUGCUGGCUACGAUGAUAAAGAGAUUCUCAAACGCAUUGGCUACGCAGUCAAACAAAAGAAAGAAAAACACGCCGGAAUGAGCGAAUUGGGUGACCAACCAAACAGACCAAUGAUUUUAAUAGGAGGAUAG